CUCAAAAAGGCGCGCGCACGCGAUCCAGAGAAGACGGAGCGAGCGAGCGAGCGAGCGAGCGGCGAGCGCGCGCAACCCCGAGCCAGUAGGAGCACCGCAGACGGACGGACGGCGAUGCACGCGGCAUGACGCCCUCCCUGUAGCGUCACACAGCCCUCGAGACGCGAGUGGGAUCGCUCCCUGCGGCAUUUCCCUUCCAAAACAGGCGUCCGCGAGGUCCACAUCAUUUCUUUGACCUGUAUAUUUAAGAAAAACAACAACAACAAAGAAGCAACAAUAAAAAUAAUAAAAACGUCACGAGAGGAUCUGCACGCCUGCAGAUUUUUGGUUGACAUUUUUUUUCUAGCGUCUUAAAACCGCCUGCAGAGCAGAGCUUCGUCAGAGACCAUGGGGAAACAGAACAGCAAGCUGACCCCCGAAGUCAUGGAGGACCUGGUGAAGAACACGGAGUUUAAUGAGUACGAGCUCAAGCAGUGGUACAAGGGCUUCCUGAAGGACUGUCCCAGUGGACGACUCAACCUGGAGGAGUUCCAGCAGCUUUAUGUCAAAUUUUUCCCAUAUGGCGAUGCAUCAAAAUUUGCCCAGCAUGCAUUCAGAACCUUUGACAAAAAUGGCGACGGCACCAUCGACUUCAGAGAGUUCAUUUGUGCGCUCUCCAUCACCUCACGAGGAAGCUUUGAGCAAAAACUCAACUGGGCCUUCAACAUGUACGACCUGGACGGUGACGGCAAAAUCACUAGAGUGGAAAUGCUGGAGAUUAUCGAGGCCAUUUACAAAAUGGUGGGAACCGUCAUCAUGAUGAAGAUGAACGAGGACGGCUUGACGCCCGAACAGAGGGUGGACAGGAUCUUCAGCAAGAUGGAUAAGAACCACGACGACCAGAUCACGCUGGAUGAGUUCAAAGAGGCCGCGAAGAGCGACCCGUCCAUCGUACUACUGCUGCAGUGCGACAUGCAGAAAUGAGCACACCCACCCACACACAUACACACAUACACACACAUAUACAUACACACGCACACACACACACACACACACACACACACACACGCACACACGCUAUGGACCGGACACGACUUUAAUGUUCCAUUCAGUUUACAGCUACUUCCACUGGAGAAACGAAACUAAAUUAAAACACCUAAAAAAAAACGUGCUCGGACUAUCUUACAAUGGACUUGUUUCUUGUGUUUGAAGCACUUGUAUGCAUGAGAAUGUCAUUUGCUAAAUAACUACAACUAUUCUGUGUGUAUGUAUAUGUUCAUGACAGUAGCUAUCGUUCAUGUUUACAGAUGCUUGCUGUUUUAUACACUGAGUAACAUUAACGAUACCAAAUCCCCAUGGUAAUGUAACUGUUUCUAAGAAACCACUCAUCCAGUCCUCUUAGAGAUAAGACGGAUCCAUAUUCAUCUCCGCGUUCCUCCUAAUAUGUGUGUGUACCGUGCGAUAUAAACGUAGUUUAUCUGCAUGCCUUUAGGUUCCGCCUUAAAAAGAAACUCUGAUUUUUUUGCAUCCUUGAAAGCAAAUCGAGACGAAAUUCCUGCCAAAACGUUACAGUAUUGCUGUAUUGGAUGAACGUUUGUGAUUUAUUACGCCAUCGCUGAACAACAUCAGGGGCAUUUGUUUAAGUCCUCGCACCUAAGUUGCUGAGCUUCUCGGCAUUUCAGCCAAGCGUUGCCUCAAGGGUGCGUCCGGGUACAGAAGCUCAGUCGGAGUUCCUUGUUUAGAUACGAAAGCACAGGCUUCUCAUGUAAUACAAAUAAUUUACGGGACUAGUUUUAGCCUUCCAUGUCAGCUGUCUCAAUUCUCAAUUCUGUUAGCGGUGUAGUGUCCGCAAGAGUUCACUUUAACAGUUCUAGCAUGAAGAUACAGAACUGGAGAAAGUGAGGAUCGAGCUGGAUUUUGCUUCCGACAGUUAAGUGGACGUCUUCUGCUGAAAUCCGAAGGCCAAAAAAAAAAAAAAAAAAAAAAAAAA